GGGAGGGGCGGAGCGGGGAGGGAGACUGAUGUUCGGGUUCCGCUGUCAGUGUCUGGUGAGUGACGGAAAUAAGAAAGUGGGCCCGACCUCUUGAGGAUUGGGAACGGCAGACCUGGAUGUGGUGGAGCGGCGACGGGACCUAUGGGCCGCUGGUCUGCGAGCCUGGCUGUGAAAACUUGGUAACCGGGGCUCCUCGCUUCUGGACUUGUGCAUUCAGUAUUAAAGUUACCGCUUUUGAAAAGGUUUUAUUCAGGUGAGGAGUACUGUGGUUGAAACUGAACAGUUGCUCCUCUCUGGCUAAAUGCCUUUGGUGCCAGUGAUCCCAGAGUCCUACAGCCAUGUGCUCGCAGAGUUUGAGUCACUGGACCCGCUACUCUCAGCUCUGCGGCUGGACUCCAGUCGUCUAAAGUGCACCAGUGUAGCCGUGUCUCGGAAAUGGCUGGCCUUGGGCAGCUCGGGAGGAGGAGUGAACCUUAUUCAGAGAGAAGGCUGGAAGCACAGGCUGUUUCUGUCCCACCGGGAAGGUGCAAUUUCUCAGGUUGCCUGUUGUUCACAUGAUGAUGAUUACGUUGCUGUAGCUACCAGUCAAGGUCUUGUAGUUGUCUGGGAAUUAAAUCAAGAGCAUCGUGGGAAACCAGAACGAAUUUAUGUGUCUUCGGAACACAAAGGCCGAAAAGUUACGGCUCUCUGCUGGGAUACAGUGAUUCUUAGAGUGUUUGUAGGUGACCAUGUGGGGAAAGUUUCUGCCAUCAAGCUCAACACUUCUAAACAAGCAAAGGCAGCUGCUGCCUUUGUGAUGUUUCCUGUUCAGACAAUAAUAACAGUGGACUCCUGUGUUGUCCAGCUAGAUUAUUUGGAUGGAAGACUGCUUGUAUCUUCCCUCACUCGAUCCUUCUUGUGUGACACGGAGAGAGAAAAGUUUUGGAAAAUUGGAAACAAGGAAAGAGAUGGAGAGUACGGAGCUUGUUUCUUCCCUGGAAGGUGUUCCGGGGGCCAGCAGCCUCUCAUCUACUGUGCUCGUCCUGGCUCCAGGAUGUGGGAAGUGAGCUUUGAUGGGGAAGUUAAAAGCACACAUCAGUUCAAGAAACUCCUCUCGUUGCCCCCUCUUCCUGUGAUCACUCCAAGAUCUGAACCUCAGUAUGAUCACACAGUGGGAUCCCACCACUCUUUGCCUUUCCCCAAACUCUUGCAUCUAAGUGAGCAUUGUGUGCUGACUUGGACAGAAAAAGGAAUUUACAUUUUUAUUCCUCAGAAUGUUCAAGUUCUUCUCUGGAGUGAAGUCAAAGGUAUUCAGGAUGUGGCUGUCUGCAAGAAUGAGCUGUUCUGCUUGCACCUGAAUGGGAAAGUCUCGCGUCUCUCCCUGCUGUCUGUGGAGCGCUGUGUGGAACGCCUGCUGCGGAGAGGCCUGUGGGUCCUGGCUGCUCACACAUGCUGUCUUUUCCAAAAUUCCAUCAUCGCCAGCAAAGCAAGAAAAACUUUGACAGUAGAUAAAUUGGAGCAUUUGAAAUCUCAGCUGGACCCUGCAACCUAUAGUGACCUAAUUUCUCAAGUGGAUGAAUUGAUAUUAAAAUUUGAACCUUUGGAUUCAGCUUGCAGCAGUAGAAGAAGCUCCAUUUCAUCACAUGAAAGUUUUAGCAUCUUGGACUCUGGUAUUUAUCGUAUCAUUAGUAGUAGAAGAGGCAGUCAGUCAGAUGAAGAUUCUUGCUCCCUUCACAGCCAGACUUUCUCAGAAGAUGAGAGACUUAAAGAAUUCACUUCACAUCCAGAAGAGGAUCAGCCAGACCAGGACUGUGGCUCACAGGGAAAUGAAGACAAUGUUUCUCAUGUUCCAGUGCCGUUUGAGACAGAUAAGAAUGAAACUUUUCUCCCCUUCGGCAUCCCAUUAUCAUUUCGUUCUCCAUCUCCUCUUGUGUCUCUUCAGGCAGUCAAAGACAGUGUUUCUAGCUUUGUGCGUAAAACAACCGAGAAAAUUGGUACCCUUCACACAAGCCCCGAGCUGAAAGUGAGACCAGAAGCCAGGGAGGAUGAUCCGUCUCACGAAGAGGAAGUGAGUUCAGUUAUCUGCCCACAGGAAGAAGACACUGAAGAGAAAAAAGAAGUAACUAGUCAACCCCCACAAGAAGACAGGUUGCAAGAGCUCACAGCAGCAACAGCAGAAGCAAUGACCAAGCUACUGGACCCUUUGGUUUUGUUUGAACCCCGGUCUCUGCGAGUUGUUUUACAAGAGUGGCUGUCACACUUAGAAAGAACAUUUGCCAUCAUGGGUGUUUCAAGUACUUCCGAUACUGACACCUCACCAGUGAAACUGAACCAGGAUGUGCCAUUGCCUGAUGAAUCAAAAAAGAGAGUAUUAGGUGAAGAUUAUGAAGGAGAAAAAAGAGACUCUUUAAACAACGGAGAAACUGUUGACCCAGUAGCAUGUGAAUCCGUAAGUAGUCCAGGGGAGCCUUUGGAUGACAUUUUUCAGGUGUGUCCUCCGUGCGCCAUACCAACAAGCCUUCAGAAGGACCUGGCUGAACUGACCGCAUUGUGUUUGGAAUUGGAUGUAUUGAAUUCUGCUAUCAGAAGCACGGGUGGACAUGCAGACCGCACUUUGCAACAGCGCCCUCCUGAAAUUCUGGCUUGUCAGUUCCUAAAGAAGUACUUUUUUCUCCUGGACUUGAACAGAGCAAAGGAGAGUAUCAAGCUUAGUUAUCCUAGCAGCCCCUGUGUUUGGGAUACUUUUAUUGAAGGAUUGAAAGAAAUGGCAAGUUCCAACCCAACAUAUAUGGAGAUGGAAGAAGGAGAUCUACCGACAAGAUUGCAGUUAUUGGAUGACUCUGUUCCUUUAGACAGUCCUUUGUUAAUUGCUUAUGCUAUCCGGUUAUAUGAGAGGUUUGGGGAAUCUGCACUUCGAUCCUUGACCAGGUUUUAUCCAUCCAUCUUGCCUUCGGAUAUCACACAAUUUUGUCGUCAUCAUCCAGCUCAGUUUCUGGCCUAUUUGGACAGUUUGGUGAAAUCAAGACCUGAAGACCAGCGGUCAUCUUUCCUAGAGUCCCUUCUACAACCAGAGUCCUUGAGAUUAGAUUGGCUACUUUUGGCAGUGUCCCACGAUGCUCCACCAAGCACUAGUACUAUGGAUGAUGAUGGGUACCCCAGGCCUCAUUCACACUUGUUUUCCUGGGGUUACAGUCAGCUGAUCCUUUAUCUAAUUAAACUUCCUGCAGAUUUUACAACUAAAGAGAAAAUGACUGACAUCUGUAAGUCUUGUGGUUUCUGGCCUGGAUAUCUUACUCUGUGCUUGGAGCUGGAGAGAAGAAGAGAGGCCUUCACCAACAUCGUGUAUCUGAAUGACAUGAGCCUGAUGACGGGGGACAGUGGUUGGAUCCCAGAGACUGUGGAGGAAUGGAAGCUUCUCCUGCAUCUCGUGCAGAGCAAGACCACAAGGCCAGCCCCCCAGGAAUCACUCAAUGGGAGCCUCAGCGAUGGGCCUUCCCCAGUCAGCAUGGAGAAUGUGGCUCUCUUGUUAGCUAAAUCCAUGGGCCCAGAUCGGGCCUGGUCCCUGCUACAGGAAUGUGGUCUGGCCCUUGAGCUGUCAGAGAAGUUUACCAGAACCUGCGAUAUCCUGAGGAUUGCUGAGAAAAGGCAGAGAGCCUUGAUACAAAGCAUGCUUGAAAAAUGUGAUCGGUAUCUGUGGUCUCAGCAGACCUAAUGGAAGAUUUGGCAGAAUGUCAUAACAUUUUGAAAAAAGAAAAACCAAAUCAUGCUCCUGAAUCUUCAGAAUACAUUUGUGACUGGAGAAAAAGCACCACCCAAAACCUUGCCACCUCAUCGGACUUGUCUCGUCAGUGUCUGUACCCUUGGCACGUGUGGCUCUGCGACCUCAGCAUUUUUUCAGCCAAAGUUGGGUUGUGAAAGGAGUUGGUCCUUGUUUGCUGGAAUCAGAUGUGGAUGUUUACAGCUGUGAAGAGUUUUUUCCCAAGUUCAGUAUUAUUUGCGCGUGGGGGAGUUUUUUUCCACUGUGACUCCUGUGGAGAGCAGAACCUUUUUAUCACAUAAAGAUAAUGUUAUUAACUGAA